GCCAUUCAUCGAAAAGUCACCACUUGCCGGUGACGCACCCGCUCGUGACGGUAGCGCUGCUCUCAAGCUUUUUCGGAACAAGAAGAACUCGUUGUUCAGUUCAAUUCAAUUCAACUCAAUCGAAACUUCUAGAUUCGUUCUUUCGCUUCUCUGUUUUUGCAAGCUGUUCUUUAAGAAAUCAAAGGAUUCUGAUGCGAAAUGGAGAAAAUGUUGGAUCGGGAAUUUUGAUUAGUUUUUGCAAUUUCACGAUUUGAUUUUCAUAUUGCUCAAUAUACGUGGGCGUCGAGUUCCGAUUCAAGCAGAUUAUCAACAAGGUUACUGUUAUAUAGGCUGAUUCACGAUUGGAUUUGCGUUAAUUCGAUCGAAUCGGAUUCAAUUGCAAUUAUGACUCAGGCCGUGGAGGUGCUCAAUCGGUAUGGGACGGAUCUGGUGGGGGAAGCGAGGGGUUCUGAUUCGGAGUGUUUGGUGGGUUUUGAGUGCUUCUUGAACAUUGUGAGGGCACUGGGAAUGGGAUCGUGCAUCUCAGAGGUUGGUGCUGGUGGUGGUCCCCCUCCUCUUCUCCCUUAUGCAGCUGAAUCCAAUUUGGAUGGUGGGAAGAAGAGGAGGUUGAGGGGUUCCACUUCUUUUGAUUAUAAAGUGCCUGGGAGGAUGUUCUUGAAUGGGUCAAGCGAGGUUGCAUCCAUGUAUUGCAAGCAAGGUAGAAAAGGGAUCAACCAAGAUGCUAUGCUUGUUUGGGAGAAUUUUUGUUCAAAGGAGGGCACUAUUUUUUGUGGUGUUUUUGAUGGUCAUGGACCUUAUGGCCAUAGGGUUGCUAAGAAAGUUAGGGAUUCUUUCCCUAUAAAGCUCAAUGCUCAAUGGGAUUUGCAUCGUAAGAAUAAAGAUGGACUCAGUGAUCAUAGCAGUGCUGCUGGAAGUUAUAAAUCUGAAGGGACUGGAUUUAGACUGGUUGAUGAGAAACCUAGUCCCACUGAUCAUGAGCUUGAUGGAACAAAUACUAUUUUGACACUAAGAGAAUCUUUUUUGAAGGCUUGUAAGAUCAUGGACAAAGAACUGAAACUGCAUCCUGAUAUUGAUUGCUUUUGUAGCGGGACUACAGCUGUUACCUUGGUCAAACAGGGGCUGGACCUAGUUAUUGGAAAUAUUGGAGAUUCAAGAGCUGUAUUGGGUACCCGAGAUCAUGAUGAUUCUCUUAUUGCUGUUCAGUUAACCAUUGACCUUAAGCCAAAUCUUCCAAGGGAAGAAGAAAGGAUCAAGCUUCGUAGAGGAAGGGUUUUUUCCCUUCAGAAUGAACCUGAGGUGGCUCGAGUUUGGCUGCCUAACUCUGAUUUCCCUGGUCUUGCUAUGGCACGGGCUUUUGGAGAUUUUUGUUUGAAGGACUUCGGAUUGAUCGCUGUUCCGGAUAUCUCCUAUCACCGCCUUACUGAGAAAGAUGAAUUUGUUGUAUUAGCAACAGAUGGGAUUUGGGACGUUUUAACAAACGAAGAAGUUGUGGACAUUGUAGCUUCAGCUUCACGCUCUACCGCGGCUCGAGCACUAGUUGAGUCAGCUGUUCGAGCAUGGAGGACAAAAUUCCCUUUUUGUAAGGUUGAUGAUUGUGCUGUAGUUUGCCUCUUCUUUGAUUCAAAUUCAGACUUCAAGUCAGCAUAUAUCAUGGACAAGCUGGUACCACAGGCAUCAAUUGACCAAUCUGAGCAGUCACCUCUACUUGGUGAGAAUGGAAUUGGAGUGGAAGCUGAAAAACAGCAGUAAUAUCAUAGCUUUUGUACCAUGUCUCAUCCCUAGCCUUGCUGGUUUUAUUAAGAAGGUUGGGAAAAUUGUGCUGCAACAGUCAAAAAGAAAGGGUCAUUAUUUUGGGUAUUUUUUGGUAGUUUUUCUGCCAAUAUUCUUUUCAUUAUUUAUCUUUCAUUUCCUUCGACGGCAUUUGAGGGGGAAAGGGGGUUUAAUAUGUAUUUUAUAUCCGGAGGAAAAGUGGUACCGGGCUUAUUUUUUGUGCUGGAGGUCAUUUUCCUUCUCUGUAUAUUUGGUAGAUUUGGAGUUUUUGUAAAUCCAAGUCUCUCUAGAUUCAUAUUAUAUAGUUUGUCCUAUGGUUAUCUGAAAUCUGUCGUCAUUUUUAUGUGCAUUAUUCUUAAGUUGUAGUUGUAUUUUCCAGUUAAGUAAAAAAACGAGAACUGAAGAAUGGAUUCAUUUGUUAUGGACUUUUG